AUAAUAUAACAACACCUUUAGGCAAAAGGAGAAGGAGAAGAAGAAGAAGAGUUCUGGAGAUCACCUGAGUCUCUGCAAAAUAAACCCAGAGCGAAAUCUAGUCAAAAGUCCUUACCUUUACUAUAAUUAGCUAUAUUGUAUACUAAGAGGAGCAGGAUGCAAAAGGUUCGAUUAUCAUCUGAACAGGCGCCUGUACACAAGCUAGGGGAUUCCCAAAUGACAUUAUCCCCAAAGUUUAGGUUAGCUGUGAUCCAAUCUUCUUUAUUAAAUCCUUCUCCUGAGUUAGAGUUAUCUCUUAGAGGAGAACCCCUAAUUCCAGGCCUGCCUGAUGAUGUUGCACUCAAUUGUCUCCUGCGACUUCCAGUUGAGAGCCAUGCAACCUGCCGAGUUGUUUGUAAACGGUGGCAUCUACUACUUCGUAAUAAAGAGCAGUUUUUCACCCGUCGGAAGGAAUCGGGAUUCAGAGACCCUUGGCUCUUUGUUUUUGCCACCGACAAGUAUACGAGAAAGAUUCAGUGGCAGGUUCUUGACCUGACUCACUAUUCUUGGCAUACUAUCCCUGCAAUGCCUUGUAAGGACAAGGUCUGUCUCCAAGGAUUUAGGUGUGCUUCAAUCCCCCGAGAAGGUACUCUGUUUUUGUGUGGAGGUAUGGGCUCUGAUGUUGAUUGCCCUCUUGAUUUGGUCCUAAAGUAUGACAUGCAAAAAAAUCGUUGGACUGUCAUGAACAAGAUGAUUACAGCUAGAUCAUCUUUUGCUAGUGGAGUGAUUGAUGGGAUGAUAUAUGUGGCUGGAGGAAGCAGCUCAGACCUUUUUGAGCUUGACUCAGCUGAGGUUUUGGAUCCUGUAAAGGGGAGUUGGCGUCCCAUUGCAAACAUGGGGACAGAUAUGGUAGCUUAUGAUGCUGCUGUUUUGAAUGGGAAGCUUCUUGUUACAGAAGGUUGGUUGUGGCCUUUUUUUGUCUCUCCUAGGGGUCAGGUUUAUGAUCCAAAAACUGAUAAUUGGGAGAGUAUGGCUGUUGGACUGAGAGAAGGGUGGACUGGUUCGAGUGUGGUGGUAUAUGGGCAUUUAUUUGUGGUUUCAGAGCUUGAAAGGAUGAAGCUUAAAGUUUACAACAGUAACACUGAUUCCUGGGAACCAAUAGAAGGGCCUCCAUUACCGGAACAGAUAUGCAAACCUUUUGCUGUAAAUGCAGGUGAUAGCACAAUUUAUGUUGUCGGGCAAAACCUACGUGUUGCUGUGGGUCGUAUCUCAAGGCUAAACACCUCUGAGAAAAAGUGGAGCUUUAGGGUGAAAUGGCAUGUUGUUGAUGCCCCAGAAAGUUUUUCUAACUUGACACCCUCGAGCUCUCAGGUUCUGUUUGCUUAGCUCUUGAAAAAAACCUUGAUGUCAUCUUUUGUAUGUUUUUCAAUAAACUGAUAUCAAAAGAAUUAUCAAAGCUGUAAAGUGGCAA